UUCGAAAGCUGAUCUGUAAUGCAUAUCAAGCUGUAUUGGAACUUGACAGCUGACUAACACUCGUUUCGGUACCUUUUGUGAACUAGUUAUUUGUUUACCUGAAAAUAAAAUCAUUUCUGAGAAACAUUUGUGUUAGACCAACUAUUUUGAGACGUGGAUAUGCCUUUCGCUUUGAUUGAAACGACUAAUGCCAAGGGAAAAUGCAAGCUCUCGGUUGUGCCCAACAAAUGGCUUCGCGCCUCACCAAAUGGAAGUGUGGUGUUGUGGCCCAAUGGAAGUCCUCAGGAGCAGGAGACAUUACUCCGCAGUGAACAUAGUUGCCCCAGUAGUUCAUGGCUGCGAUACAAGUGCACUGUCAAACGUAAUCUUAUUGGAUCCUACAAUCAAGCUUUGAAGUUGCUUGAAAGGAUGACUGAUGGCGAUGUAGAUUCGAAUCAAAUCCGACAUGAAAAGGAAUCCCAAACUUUCUUACAAGAGCUUGUAUAUAAGAACACUUCGCGCGUAAAUGUCGCACCACCGACAGGUAUCCGGAAAGCUAAUAGAAAUUCGUUCCCAGUCAUUACUUCGGCAUAUUCCGCUGCAAACACGGAUAACGUGCGAUUCGUUUCCGAUGAUGAUGUUCAUCAAGUUGAGGCGGAGGAUCCAAUACAGAAAUGUUUGGAUAAAAUGGAUAUCAUCAUUAAUAUGCAGCAGCAAAUCAACAAACGACUGGAUGCAUUAGAGAAGCGAGUUACAGUAAUUUCGGAUCAGAAUACUGCAAUUUUUCAAGCUACAGUUAAGCAGAAGACACAAAGUAAAACAGAAAUUGAAGAAACAUUGUCUUUCAAUUUCACUCCUAUGGAGACAGAACACGAGUUGGUCGACUUGGAGAAAAAACUGGAGCAUAAGACGUUCAGUGAGAAACUGGUUAAAUGGCUGAGGGUGAACGUAAGUGGAAAAUGUGCGGAGGACCGCAUGCUCUGUGUGCUCGAUUUGAUGUUCACUAAAAAGUUCCAAACCAUGUGCACCUGGACUGGAGUUAGCAGAAAGGGUCCAAAAACAGCCAUAAUGCCCAACCGGAACAUUUUGGAAAUCUUUCAAAUAUUGGGCAGCGACGAUAUGGAGGUGGUGAACCAACGGGAGCUAGCAGCUUUUUUCAUGAAAAAACUGAAAAACUCCCUCAAAAGACUGACAAUAACUGGAGUGCGGCGCAGCACGAGACACGUGAGGCGACGCAAAGUAGAGCUGACAAAGCCCGAAGAAAUUCGUGCCGAUGAGGGAGAAAGUUCAAUGAGCGACGCAGAGCUGGAAGAUGGAUUUACCUACAUGGUUGAAGAUUUAUCUGAUGGUCAAGAUAGUCAAGAGCAAACGGCAUCCGUUUCAGAUACUCCCCCCACUUCGGAUAAUAAUUUCGAUCCAUAUUUCAUUGUUAAAGUAGAACAAUAAACGUAACAUUUUU